AUGCAGGCCCUCCGUGCUCUUCAGCGAUCUGGUCUCCAGAAGGCGGUCUCCGCCGCUUCGACGUCGUCGUCGACCCUCUCGCAGCGUUCCUUCCACUCGUCGCGACGUGCUCUCGAGUUCUCCAAGUUCAACAUGCCCGCCAUGUCCCCCACCAUGACCGAGGGUGGUAUCGCCGCUUGGAAGAAGAAGCCCGGUGAGGCCUUCUCCGCCGGUGACGUUUUGCUCGAGAUCGAGACCGACAAGGCAACAAUGGAUGUUGAGGCCCAGGACGACGGUGUGCUCGCCAAGAUCCUCGUCGGUGACGGCUCCAAGGCUGUCCAGGUCAACUCGCUGAUUGCCAUCAUGGCCGAGGAGGGUGACGAUCUUUCGGCUGCCGACGCUUUCGCCGACAAGGCUGCUUCUGAGAGUGGAGACGCCAAGCCCGCUGCCGCCGAGGAGCCCAAGGAGGAGUCCAAGCCCGCUACCGCCGAGGAGCCCAAGAAGCAGGAGUCUGCCCCUGCCGAGUCUUCAUCUUCCUCGUCUUCGUCUUCCAGCUCUUCGUUCGGCUCUUCGAGCUCUGGCGACCGCAUCUUUGCUACCCCCGUCGCCCGCAGGUUGGCACAGGACAAGGGCAUCGCCCUCAACAAGAUCAAGGGUACCGGCCCUGAGGGACGCAUCAUCAAGGCCGACGUUGAGAACUACAAGCCCGAUGCUGCUGCUGCCCAGGCUGCUCCCGCUCCUUCUAAGGCUGCUUCUUCUGCUCCCGCCAAGUCGCCUGCGCCUGCCUCGAGCGAGGGCGAGUACACCGACAUCCCCGUCUCCAACAUGCGCCGCACCAUUGCCGCCCGUCUCACCGAGUCAAAGUCGACCGUGCCUCACUACUACGUCAGCAUUGACGUCGAGAUGGACAAGGUGCUCAAGCUGCGCGAGGUGUUCAACAAGGCUGCCGCCGAGAAGGCAGGCAAGGACGUCGAGAAGGCCAAGGCUGCCAAGCUCAGCGUCGGCGACUUCAUCACCAAGGCGGCUGGUGUCGCGCUCAAGGAGGUGCCCGAGGUCAACUCGGCCUGGUACGGCGACUUCAUUCGCCAGCACAACAAGGCCGACAUCUCGAUCGCCGUGUCGACGCCUACCGGUCUCAUCACGCCCAUUGUCAAGGAUGUUGGCGGCUCGGGUCUCGCUACUAUCUCGGCUGCUACCAAGCAGCUCGCUGCCAAGGCCCGUGCCGGCAAGCUCGCUCCUCAGGAGUACCAGGGUGGUUCAUUCACCAUCUCCAACAUGGGCAUGUUUGGCAUCACCCACUUUACCGCCAUCAUCAACCCUCCUCAGAGCUGCAUCCUUGCCAUCGGUGGCACCGAGGCGCGCCUCAUCCCUGACGCCGAGAGCGAGCAGGGCUUCCGCAAGUCGAUGGUCAUGCAGGCUACCAUCUCGGCCGACCACCGCACUGUUGACGGUGCCACCGCCGCCAAGUGGAUGAAGGCCUUCAAGGACGCCCUCGAGAACCCGCUCAGCUUCAUGCUCUGA